AUGGAACUGCGAACGUCUUUCGUAGCUAAAAGCUCAAUCGAGCCAUUUUAUACUGGUGGUGAUGUGUCAAUAUCGGGUGAUCUACUUGCCACAACGUUAAGCGACAGGGUCAUAUUGACCAAUUUGACCACUGGUAAGCGACUAAAUGUAAUAGAAGGCGACACCGAGCUAAUCACAGCUCUUGAGCUCUCUCCAUCUGGAACUCAUCUAGUAACAUGUUCGAGAUCUCUUCAAAUGCAUAUUUAUAAAUUAGCUGCUAGUGACAGCGGUGAUGAGAAUGAACCACUCAAAGUAACCAAAGUGAAGACAGUAAAAGCACAUGAAUCACCAAUUAUGGUCGUCACUAUUGAUCCCACAUCUUCUCUUAUUGCCACCGGUGGUGCUGAAGGUGCUGUUAAAGUAUGGGAUUUAAAUGGCGGCUAUGCUACCCACAAUUUCAGAGGUCAUGGUGGAAUUAUUAGUGCCCUGAAAUUCUGGGGCCAACAAGGAACCACUGAGUGGAAAUUAGCUAGUGGAUCUGACGACUGCAAAGUUAGGCUAUGGGAUCUUGUCAAGAGUAAAUGUUUGGCUGUCUUGGAUAAUCACGUCAGUAUUGUUCGUGGUUUAGAUUUCAGUCCCGAUGGCAAGACUUUGAUUAGUGGUGGAAGAGACAAGGUCGUUAGUGUGUGGAAUGCCAACAAUGGUAAAUUAAUUAAUACGCUUCCAGUUUCUGAAGUUUUGGAGACUGUUGGUUUUGUCUCACUAGGAGACAAACUCGGCUUUUUUACAGGUGGAGAGACUGGACUUGUACGCAUUCGCAGUCUGACAGGUGAGCUACUGUUUUCUCAGCCUGACGGUAACAAGGUUCAGCUUGAUGAAGAGGUCAGCAUUAAUAGCAUUAUUGUACAUGAUUCAUAUCUUUACACAGUUCUUUCAGAUCAACUCAUCACUCAACUCUCAAUCCCAGAUCUUGAAAUUGUUAGUCGAAUUGCUGGUAACCAUGGUGAGAUUAUUGACAUGUGCUUUUUGGACGAUGACUACACAAAAUUGGCUAUUGCCACUAACUCGCCAGAAAUCCGAAUUCUCUCUCUCAACAACCCACUAGAAUGUUCUAUUUUAUCUGGCCAUACUGACAUUGUGAUAUCUAUAGACCGUUCUUUUGAUGGAAAAUGGCUAGCAUCUGCAGGAAAAGAUAAUCAGGCCCGUCUGUGGUACGACGGAAAACUUCAUUCGGUGUACAGUGGUCAUGCUGGAUCCAUUGGUGCAGUGGCACUUCCCCGAACUCCUCCUUCAAAUGACGACUCGUCAGUUCCUCCCGAGUUUGUUAUAACCGGUUCUCAAGAUCUCACAGUUAAAAAAUGGAAUCCACGAAGCAAGACGAAUGCCCAUUCGGCUGUGUAUACGCGUAAAGCACACGACAAAGAUAUUAAUGCCAUAGAUGUUUCGCCCGACGACCGCUUGUUUGCUACAGCGAGUCAAGACAGAACCGCCAAAAUUUGGGAUGUCGAGACUGGAGAGACGGUUGGUAUCCUCCGUGGCCACAAACGUGGUGUGUGGACUGUCAAAUUCUCUCAGUGGGACAAGACGGUAGCCACUGGUAGUGGUGACAAGACUAUUCGUCUAUGGAAUCUCAAUGACUAUACCUGCAUUAGAACAUUUGAAGGACACACCAAUUCAGUUCUCAAGUUAUCUUACCUAACGCACGGUAAGCAACUUGUCAGUGCUGGUGGUGACGGUCUUGUCAAGGUUUGGGAAGUAUCCUCAGGAGAAUGUACUACAACUCUUGAUAACCACGAAGAUAAAGUCUGGUCAGUGGCUGUGGGAACCAGAAAGGCAGCUACUCCUGAUAAGGAAGAUGACGAAGAUGGUGGCAUUAUUCUCUCGGGUGGUGGUGACUCUAUCAUUACUGUUUGGGAAGAUAUCAGUGAAGAAGAGCGUGUACGUAAGGCCGAAGAAUCAGCUGAGCUUGUCGAGAAGGAGCAAGAGCUCUCUAAUUACAUUCGUAAAGGAAACUGGGCUAAAGCUUUUGCUCUUGCGCUAUCAUUAGACCAUCCUUUUCGAUUACUUAAACUCUUACAAGAAGUACAUUCAAAGCAAGAGCCUGAGUCUAUCACUGGUCUUGUAGCUGUAGACACCAUCAUUGCUGACCUUGAUCAUGACUCUCUGGUUCGCCUUUUACAACGUGUCCGUGACUGGAACACCAACUCGAGAACCAGUCCUGUAGCUCAAGUUGUCCUCCACGCCAUUCUCCGUUACCAUUCUGCCGAGGAACUUGGCAACAUCACUGGCGUCCCCAAAAUUAUCGACUCACUCAUCCCCUAUUCUGAACGUCACUAUGCCCGUAUUGACGACCUACUCGCUGAGAGCUCUGUACUGGAAUACGCUCUGCGAGAGAUGAGCCUUCUUAGAGGAUAG